CGUACAUGUAGGGUUUUGUUAGGGUUUCUCAAUUUUCCCCAAAACCUCCCAACUUCUGCUCACUGACAAAUGUCAACUCAGCACGUCAUCACCGCCCUCUCGCCGGAGCCUCUCUCGGCAUCCGGCCGAAGCUCCGAGAAAUUAAGUUUACCAUUACUACAAUCGAAAAUGAAAUGCGACCCGGAUGGCUACGAAACAGAACUCACACUCAUUUACAAGCAAUUCAAUUCGGCUCUCGAUCUCUUCCAGCAGCAAGCAGCUCUUAACUUCGGCUCAAUCAGCGGCGUUGGUGGUGAUCCCACUGUAGCGAAAGACCUGGGUGACCGCGCUAUGUUUUUAGCGCACGUCACGCCCUUUUAUCCCAAGCAACUUGCCGACUUCCCGAGUCAGCUCGCCGAGUUCUUAAAAUCGUCCGCAGCAACGUUACCGUCGGGGCUUAGGUGUCAUGUCACCCAAGCUCUUAUUCUUCUUGUUAAUCGAAAGAUGGUUGAUAUCCAAGACAUCCUUGCGUUAUUUAUGGAGCUUCAAACCCUAGGUGAUAGGAAUCUGAGGAAGUUGGCAUUUUCUCAUGUUGUUCAUAGCAUUAAGCGCAUGAAUCAGAAGCAUAAGAACGAGCCCAAAAAUCGAGCACUUCAGAAUAUAGUGUUUUCAAUUCUACAGGCAGAAGAUGAAACAAGAGCCAAGAGGUCGCUUACUACUCUAUGUGAGCUUCACCGGAGAAAGGUGUGGUUUGAUGAUAGAUCAGCAAAUGCUAUCUGUAAAGCGUGUUUUCAUUCGUCAUCAAGGAUUAUGAUCGCUGCUCUAUCAUUUCUUCUUGACUGUGAGAAUAUUGAAGAUGAUGAUGAUAGUGAUGCUUCAAGUGACGAAGAUGAUGCGACCACUCAAACACCACAAGCCAUCCUUAGUAAGGAAGCUGUCUAUAAGGCACAUCAUAAAGGUACAACAUCUAGCAAGAAAAAAAAGCAAGCAAAAUUACAGCGUGCCAUGCGUAACAUGAAAAAGAAGCAACGCCUGUCUUCAGAAAAGAACUCUACGAGUUAUUAUUCGCCUUUUAACCAUCUAAUUGAUGCACAGGGAUUUGCUGAGAAGCUAUUUUCUCGUCUUCAAACUUGCAAUGAACGUUUUGAGGUUAAAAUGAUGAUGUUGAAAGUGAUUGCUCGAACAAUUGGACUUCACCGAUUGAUUUUGCUAAAUUUUUACCCUUUCCUCCAGAAGUAUGUUCAGCCUCAUCAACGUGAUAUCACCAAUUUACUUGCCGCAGCAGUUCAGGCUUGCCAUGAUAUGGUGCCUCCUGAAGCAGUUGAACCUUUAUUCAAACAGAUUGUGAAUCAAUUUGUACAUGAUCGUUCACGUACAGAGGCCAUUGCUGUUGGGCUGAAUGUCAUUAGGGAAAUAUGUCUGCGAAUACCUUUGUUGAUGACAGAAGACUUGCUGCAAGAUCUUGUAUUAUAUAAGAAAUCACAUGAGAAGGCAGUUUCAGCAGCAGCUCGUUCACUUGUCACUUUAUUUAGAGAGGUUUGCCCUUCGUUGCUGGUGAAGAAGGAUCGUGGGCGCCCAAUUGACCCUAAGGCAAGGCCAAGAGCAUAUGGAGAAGUCAGCAUUGCUAGCGAUGUUCCUGGUGUUGAGUUGUUACAACAUGAUGAAGACAGUGAUGACAGCGGGGAUGACACUGAUGAAUCCAAAUUUGGUGGCUCUGAUGACAAUGAUGAUAAUUAUGAGAAGACCACUGUUGAUACUGAUGAAGAAAGUCAGUUAUAUAGUGAUGGUACUGGAAAUGAGAAAGAUGAUGGUGAAGGUGAUGAUACAGUUGAUGAAGAUGAUGAUGCUACUAGUGUCAGUGAUGAUGAUGAUGCUAGUGAUAAUGAGGAGGAAGAGGAUGAGAAUGUGGAGGCAGGGGCAGAGGAAGACGAGGAACUUGAAGAAGCUAAUGGCCUUCCUACAAAUGAUGACAAUGAUGCUGGCGGUAGCGGACUGGAAUCUAAAGCAAGAAAGAGAAAGUAUUCUGAUUUUGAUGGACAACUUAUUGCUGCUGAUACUAGUCUCCGGGCUCUGAAGAGAUUGGCGGAAGCAAAAAUAGGUCAUGGCUCUUCUGACUCAGCUGAUGGUAUUCUUUCUAACGAAGACUUCCGAAGGAUCAAGGAACUAAAGGCAAAGAAGGAUGCAAAGCUUGCUCUGGCUCAGCAAGGGUUUAAAGUUCCAAGUUCAGAUCAACUCAGAGUUAAGCGCGUGGAUCCAGCCAAACUUGAAGCUCAUGUACGGCAAAAGUUAAGCAAGGAAGAAAGGCUGGCAUUAGUUAGAGCAGGUAGGGAAGACAGAGGAAAGUUUAUGGCUCGAACUGCUAUAAAACAGAAAAAGACGGGUGGUUUGAGCAAUCGUCAGAAGGAACACAAGAAGGCUAUGCCCCUUGCUGCCAAAAGAGCCAAGGUGGCAAAAUCUCGCGAGGAGAAGAAGAGAAAACACAACCGAUCUGGCAAACAAUUUCGGGGGAGGAAAGCCUGGAAAUGAUCAUCUACAUCAACUUGAUUUUCUUUUUCUUUUCACCCUUACAAGUG